AUGGCCCACUACGAACCGUUUUCGCCGGAACUGUCGUUAAUUUCGCGUCGCCACAAAUUUACGACGAUGGGCGCGUUUGUCGCAUUUGUAGAGGCAGUGCAAGUUCGCGGUUUCUAUGUGCACGCGGCACGCGCCAACACUGUGUCGGCGUUCACGAAUUUGCGUGGACCAGCUCCGUUUUCGCGGACUCAACGAUUCCCCGAGGCGGAGUACAUCAACUUGGACGCGCCAGGCAUACGUAACUACUUCGAUCAGUUGAUCAAUGCCUGCGAGUUGCCCGACCGUGCGCAGAACAUCGGCAACGGCAAUGGGCACACAUCAAACGCCGACGCGAAAAGGGCGUUUGAUACAGCCUUACAGCAUCUUCGCAACAUCGCCAAAAGCGUGCGCGCGGAGGAAUUGGUCGAGUACGGUGUGUUUGAUCGCACCUCCUUCGAAACGCACUAUAACCUUCAUUGGCAAGACUGA